AUGAUGAGUCGGAAGACGACAUCACCAAGUGAGAGCUUGCCAGCAGGUGGAGCGGCAAGUGCAAGACCUAUCCCAGAGAUCUUCUUCCCUGGAAAGGCUGUUUGGAAAACCCUCGACCUUCUGACUGGCGGUGCUGUCAUCUCCACUGUUCCGCUCGGGGCGGCCUGCUACGAGGGCGAGCACUACGAUGCGGAGAAGUGCGAGUUUCUUCUCAGCAACUGGGCCAACUCUUCCACCCACAUUGUCGAUCCCACCUCGGCCAUGUCGCCCCUGUUUCAGGGCGGAACCUGCCAGCCUCAGGACGCCGAGGCAGGCGGCGAGUGCGAGAUUGGCGGGUCCCCCUGUACUCCAUCAAGGCUACAAGUUGCCCACACUCAGCUCGCUGUGAACUUGGCAAGGAGCCUCAACCUCCGUCUUGUCGUCCACAACACCGGCCAUGACUUUCUCGAGACGGAAGGGUUCACCGCUGUCGGGGGUGAAUGUCGAGACGUCGGAGUUGCUGGCGGUUAUGCUGCCGGUGGCGGCCAUUCGCCUCUGAGUCCCAUCGCUGGACUGGCUUCCGACCAGAUCCUCAGCGUGGAUAUUGUCGCUCCACAGGGGCGCUUCAUCACUGUAGACGAAGAGAACGACCAGGAUCUCUUUUGGGCUAUUCGAGGCGGUGGUGCCGCCACAUGGGGCGUGGUCACCUCCAUGACCUUCAAGGUGUACCCUAAGAUACCCUUCUCCGGCAUGACCUUCAACGUUGCCACUUCUUCCCUCAACAUCAGUGAGACUCAAUUCUGGUCUGCGGUCGAAGCAUAUUGGUCGAGUUUCCCUGACUUCUCGGACGUCAAGAGCUACGGAUACCACUUCAUUUUCCCUGCAGGACCCGGCGCCUACGUGUGGUCCAUGAACCCGUGGGUCGUGCCCGGCAUGAAGCUGCCGGACUCCAAGAAGCUCGUCGCACCCCUGCUCCAGGAGGCCGCUAAAGUCCGCACGGGCUUGCGCCUUAUUCCGCGCGGCAACUUUGAGGAUAAAGACCUCUGGAACAAGACCUUCAACACGCUUCGCGGCAUUGCCGAGGAGGGCGCCCCACUGAUCAUGUAUAACAUCAACGCGGCAGCCCCCAAGGGCACACCUGCCAGCGCCGCCAACCCUGCGUGGCGGGACGCGCUCAUGUUUGUCAUUACCGGCUCUGGCUGGGUGGCCGACGCCACUGAGGAAGAUAUAUCCGAAAUCAAUCACCGCAUCAUGGAUGAGAUCAUGCAGCCGCUCAAGGACAUUACGCACGGAUAUGGCGGCUACGGCAAAGAGGGCGAGGUGAUGGAUCUUGACUUUGGUCAAUCGUUCUUUGGGGCCAACUACAAGGCACUUUACAACAUGAAGAAGAGGAUUGACCCGCUCGGGGUCUUUUACGCACCGACAGCGGUCGGCACUGCUGUCGAAUGUACCAUUGGCGUCGACAUGGUUGAUCACGAGAAAGGCGACGAGCUCAGCGUCUCUGUCGACUCGAGACGGGGCUCGGAAACAUCACAGAGAGAGACGUGGCACAAUGACAAGAGUGCGCGAGCUUGGGUGGUGGUGACGGGCGCGUUUCUGUGGAUGAUGGUCUCCCAAGGCGCUCUUCUGGUUCAUGGGCUGCUCAUUGCAGAGAUCGACAAUCACUUUGGCGCAGAUCCCAAGCAUACCUGGCUGUCCGGCAUCGCCAGCUUUGUCGCCAUGGUCUCGACACCAUUUCUGGGCGUGGUGAUGGACACCUUUGGACCCAUCCUGAUGAGCUACGUCGCCGUCGCCAGCACUGUGGGCGUGUUCAUCACUCUCUCGUUCUGCACAACAUUUGGCCACCUCGUCGCCGUCUUCACCUGGCACGGGCUCACUGUGGGCAUGUGUAUCGCCAUUGGGCCCUCGAUGGCUGGCAAGCUGUUCCAGAAGCGUGGGGGCUUGGCGCAGGGCAUCACCAUGUGCGGCUCUUCGCUCGCCGGCAUCAUCUACGCCGCCUCCUUCCGCUCCAUGUAUGGCGACUCGUGGCGGACUGGCAAUCAGAUCUUCGCCGUGGUGAAUGGUGCGAUUGCCGUGUUGGCGCUCGGUGCUACAUAUUUCUUCAACCGCGUCGUGCCAGACGAGCUCAAGGUGGCUCCUGGGCAGGGAUGGAAAACCUUCAAGUCGCAGAUGGAGGGCCUCGUCUUGAUCACCAAGCUCUUCACCAAGAACACCUGGGAGCGUAAUGCGCCAUAUGCGUGGUUUGUUGGCGGCAGUUUCUUCCUGCAAUUCGGUAUCUUUGGGACGAGCGCGUCGGUCCCAUUCAUUGCACAGGCAGUGGGUGCCACGCAAACCGACGGCCAGUACUGCCUCAUCGCCCUGAGUGCCGCAUCCUUUGUUGGCCGGCUCAUGUCUGGAAUUAUCGCCGACUCUAUGGGUUCCCUGAUGCUGCUGUUCUGGACCUGCAUCGCCGAGGUCGUCGUCCUACUGGGCGUGGACAUUGCGUUGGCUGACAGGGGCGCCAUGCCGCUGUACUUUGCCUCCACUACCUGGGGCUUCUUCUCUGGAUGCUGGGUGCCCUUGUUCGCGGCUUGUAUCGGCAAAUUGUCCGAUCCUAAAGACCUAGGGAAAUUCUUGGGCAUCUCCAACUUGGUCAUCAGCCCGGCAUGUCUUCUGGCGGCUCCCUUGAUGCGGUACAUACUGGAAUGCGGCACCCCGCGCCUCCUUUACGGAUCUAUUGCUUCCUUCAUUCUCGUCGGUUCAGCCAUGGUCUACCGGGCAAGGAUUUGCAAGUUCGAUCAGCGCUUCGCCAGCCUGUAG